AUGUCAAUGCAAAGGGACAGCCUUUUUAGACACAAUGCGCUCCAUUAUUUGUGUUGGAACAAUUCAAACUCGAAUUUAAUUGACGCCAUUCAACUCUUAAUCCAACUGGGAAUUGACGUCAAUUCAAAGAGCAACGGUGGACAGAAUGCGCUCCAUUAUUUGUGUUGGUUCAAUUCAAACUCGAAUUUAAUCGACGCAAUUCAACUCUUAAUCCAACUGGGAAUUGAUGUCAAUGCAAAGGACAACGAUGGACGGAAUGCGCUCCAUUAUUUGUGUUGGUUCAAUUCAAACUCGAUUUUAACCGACGCCAUUCAACUCUUAAUCCGCAAGGGAAUUGAUGUCAAUUCAAAGGACAAAGAUGGAUGGAAUGCGCUCCAUUUGUUGUGUCUAAACGAUUCAAACUCGAAUUUAAUCGAUGCCAUUAAACUCUUCAUCCAACUCGGAAUUCCUGUCGUAUCCGACGGCAACGAUGCGCGCUCUAUUUUACGCAGAAAUUAUAAAAUAAAGAACAAGGUCGAAAUCCUAAAACUACUGAACGAAAAAGCCUCAUUCGAGAGCUGCUUCGUCCUGUAGUACCCUGACUCGUUUCUGGGCGAUGCAUUGCGCUUAGUCGACGGUGAAAUUAAAAUAAGGCAAGUGUCUCAUACUCGAAAUCUUUAACCACUAAAAUUGUCAAAUUUCUCGCUUUCUCGGCUGUAACACCCCGACUGAUUGACUUUUCAUUUCAAAAAUAAAAAUGUGACUGAA